ACCUCGGGUAACGAUGAGAAUAGUAUAGUUCAGAUUAUCGUUCUUGUUAUUUUCAACACCGCCGUCUAUUGCGUGACUAGACAUAACCUCUGCAGCAAUGCUUUCUGCCAUUGUUCGAAAUGGCGCUCGUCGCCAGGCGCCAAUUGCCUCUCGGUCCUUCACCACCACCACAAACAAGCUCGCAGCUGCCGAGGUUAAAAAGCUCGGUGUUAUCGGAGCAGGACAGAUGGGCCUUGGAAUUGCUCUUGUCGCAGCCCAGAAAGCCCAGGUACCAGUCACACUGAUCGACAACUCGGAUGCCGGCCUCCAAAAAGGUCUCAAAUUCGCCGACAAACUUCUUGAAAAAGAUGUCGCCAAAGAACGAAUUACCCGCGAAAUCGCCGACCAAGUCCGCGGCCUGCUUACGCCGAGCACCAAGCUCGAAGACCUCUCCGACGUCGACUUCAUCAUUGAAGCCGUGCCCGAGAUCCCGGACCUGAAAACAUCGAUAUUCUCCAAACUCGCGGAGAUCGCGCCAAAACAUGCUAUUCUCGCAACCAACACCUCCUCCAUCUCCAUCACCAAGAUCGCUGCAUCGACCACCAAGGAUCCAACAGACUUACAAGCACCGUCUCGCGUCAUCUCCACGCAUUUUAUGAACCCGGUGCCAAUCCAAAAGGGCGUUGAGAUUAUCUCAGGAUUACAGACUUCCAAAGAAACGUUGGAGACGGCGCUCGAAUUCGUCAAGCGCAUGGGCAAGAUUCCCGCUGAGUCCGCCGAUGCGCCCGGUUUCUUGGCCAAUCGCAUUCUUAUGCCGUAUAUUAACGAAGCCAUUAUCUGUCUUGAAACGGGUGUUGGUCGUCGUGAAGAUAUUGAUAGUAUCAUGAAGUAUGGUACGAAUGUGCCAAUGGGUCCAUUGACGCUAGCGGAUUUCAUUGGCCUUGAUACUUGUCUGGCUAUUAUGAAUGUGCUGCACACUGAGACGGGGGAUAGCAAAUAUCGGCCUUCGGGGUUGUUGAAGAAGAUGGUUGAUGCUGGCUGGGUGGGUAAGAAGAGUGGGAAGGGCUUUUAUGAUUAUUAAAUUAAGUAUUGGUCGAAAUAUUAUACCAAUUAUACCAUGUGUUUAAUGAAUAUAAACUAGAUAGCAGGUUACAAAACAAGAUAUAGAAUGGCACUAUCGUUUUUACUC